AUGGAUCCAGUUCACAGUGGGACCGGUGUCUUCUACCAGGCGAUGCCUGCUGUUGGAGCCGAUGGAAAGAACAUCAUGAAACUGAUUCCUGUACAAAUGGUCAAUGGACAAUUUGUCCAAACUGAAAUAAACAAACCCAGAUUGGCCCCUACAGCUCAGAAAGCUGUGACCUUAAAUAUUUCCUCAGCUCCUGUUCAGAUGGUAAAAAAGGCAGAUUUGAAUCCUUCUGCCACCCAGCAGAUUGUCAGAAAGCAGGUUUCCUUUGUGAAUGUCUUGCCUAAACCAGCAGGAUUUGAUCUUGCUAAUUCACUAAACAAGCAUCCACCCCAGCAAAAGCAAAAUGUAAAGGCCAAAUUACCUCUGAUUGCACCUGCAACAAACUGUGGGAAGUUAGUAACACUUCCAUGUCAACUCCCAGUGACCAUGAAAUCUCCAGCACUCCCCAGUGGACAGUAUUUCCAGAUCCGCUCGAAUGCACAAGUUCCAACGGUCCCAGCAUCUGACCUUUCUGAGCUUAUCAAGAAACAGAUCUUUACUUCAUCAGCCAGCUCCUCUCCAGGUCCAGGACUACCAAGUGUGGUUUUCAUGUCACCUGUCACAACUGUGAAUCAAGGUGUUACAAAUGACAGCGUUGUGACUCAAGGCGUUACUCCACCAUGUGAUUCUGCACUUCCCUCACUCAACUUGCUUUCUAAGACUUUACGUGGGCUCCCAGCUAAAGGAUCGAAAACACUGUUAAAAUUGGUUCCAAAGGUUUCACAAAGGCCCAACAGCCCUAUAAAGUGGGUGAUUGAAGAAGAGCACAGCUCAGCGGCUCCUAAUAUAAAUCUUCAUGAUCCAUCUUCUGUCGCUUCAGAGAUUCUUCGAACUGUGGCAGAGAGAGAAAACACAAGCAAGCACUCUGACGACAUUAGAAAAAGCUCUCAGUCGAAUCAGGGCAAAAGUGGACAAGGAGAGCGCAACACCGUGGUCGUGUGCAACGGGAAGGUCAUUUAUGUGGCCAAAAAAAGUAUCCAACCAUUAAAAAUGCAAAAAAGGAACUCCCCCCAAGCAUCAACAGAAACUUAUGAAUCCAACAAAACCUCUGUACCUUCAACCCAAGAGUCUUUGCAGUCAGAUGCAGCUCAAACAUGGCAGGACCUCAGAAUUAUUAUUCCAGACGAGUCAGAUGAAGUGAUAGAUCUUUGUGGCGACGAUGAUGCUCAGGAUGACUCACCCGCACAAGCAGCAUCAGUUAAUGUGUCAGCUGUCUCUCUGCAGGACGAUGACAAUGUCAUAUUUGUGUCAUAUAUUCCACCCAAAUCUGAGGCUGGGUCAACACAAGGUUUGAGACUAAAAACACCAACAGCACUUGCAAGACGGGCAACAGACAAGACGGGAACAAGCAGCUUGGACAGUGUGACAAAAGCAAAGAGGCUAGAUGGUGGAAGUGAUGGCAGGGGUGUUUGUGGUUCAGUAGUGAUGAACAGACAUGAUAAUGAGGGCUCAAACACGAUGAGACAGCGAAGCACCUCCACCCAACAGGUGGAGAGAAUGGAAGUUCAUGUAGAAACAGAAAGUCCAGUAGAUCCCAGCACCUCUAACGGCAGCACUGGAACACGCCUUCAGAAACAGGACACCCACAAAAUGGAGAGCCGUCCAGACCCUGCACCAUGCAGGACACCUUCGCCGGCACCAAAACCAUGUCAGAUGGAGGACCAUCAGCUGAGGCAGAUAUUUGGUAUCACAUCUGAGGUGAAAAUCUGCCUGCAGAAGAUUGAUGAAGCCACAGCCUGGUCUGUCCCUGCAAAGCUUCUAAAGAGCAAGUCCAUGAGCUCGGAACCUUUUUUGCAGGAGCUUCAUAGUUCCUGUAAAAAACAACAAACAGACACCUACAGUUGUCUCAUCAAUGUUAAGAGUGCUCUUUCCAAACUUAAGACAAAGCCUCCCUCUGCUUUGACAAAAAAGUGCCAUUUAGGUAAAAGUUCACUCAAGGGAGCAUCAUGUGAUGUUGAAAAUGCACCAGUGAUUGGCUACGUGGAACCAAUAGAUGAGGAUUUCCCCAGCGCAGAUGGCAACGUCAUCCACGGGUCACAAAACCCAGCAGCACAGCUACAGACUCAGACUUGUGAGGAUCUGAACAUAAACACGAGGAGAAUAGGAAGGGCAAGGAAACGCACUAUGUGUCCAUGUUGCAUCCCUGGUUCUCUGGAGCCUGCAGUAAAAUCCAGCGCAAGGUUAGACGAGCCUGAGAAGUUGGCGUGGAUGACGGAGAGCAUGAGUAAAAAAGGGGGGCGAACAAAGGCUCCAAGAAAAGAUGGAAAAACAUCUGGAAUCAACUGUCUAACGGCCAAGAACGAGGUUCCAUCCAGUGACAGUUUGACCACAUCACUGGAUUUUAAUGAACUAAAAAGACACAAACAGAUCAAAAGACUCAAACAGCAUCUAGAGAAAGAGGUGCCUUUAGAGCUGACGAGUGACAGCUGAGACAAGACAGCCACAUACACUCUAAUAUUCUAACUAACUAAUAUUCUAACAUAACUUUUGUUAUAAUCUUUUUAUUGAUUUACUUACAUAUUAACCCUCUCUUCAAACUCUUUAGUUAAGCCUCACUGUUGCUGUCCUUCUCUUGAGUUUAACACUAACACAUUGAAUAACUGCCAACACUCAUCUGCAUCAUAUGUUUCGCGUUAUACUGUUCAAUUACUAAAAGUUAUUUCACACUUGCCAGCCGAUCACAAUGAAAGGUUACAUAUUUUACACUUCUCCAGUGUUUUAUUUGAAGUGUUGAUAUCCAUAAAAAGAUGUAAUUGUGAUUUUUAAGAACCAGAAACCAUCUCAGUGUAGUUUUACAUCUCCUCUCUCAGGCUCCUCUCUGGAGCUCU